AUGGCAAAUGUUACUCCCAAGGAGAUGGCCAAACGGGGCAUCGUUUCCGGGACUUACGGUCAUCGUCUUGAGGUUCUCAACAACAUGUUGGAGCUCUCCAAAAAGAAACCCACGUUUAUGGAGCGCGGCCAGUACCUAAACAUCGCGUAUGCGUACAUCGAGGAAAUCUUGGUAGGGCUGAUUGCUCAUCACGAACUUCCCAUGGAUGCAAAUCCUGACCGGGAGUCGGACGAUACUCACCGGUACCACGAGGCGGUGCUCAAAGCGAUAAAAAACUCCAGUCAGACCGAACUACGAUUCCUCAGAGGCCCUGUCGCUCCAAUGCUGGCUGACGCUAAGAGGUUCCGCAACGAGUAUAAGGAUUACAAGAAAACAAACUCCGAGGACGGAGAAGCUCUGAGACCGACUCUGGAGGCGAUGGCGGAUUCUUUUGAGACUGGUUUUCCAAUGAUAUACAAAGCACUCAAGGAAGCCGUUCGGAAGUCAGGGCUCAUGGGCAACCGGUUGAAUUGA